UUCAUUGUGGAAGCUAUGAAGUCUAAGGCAAACUGUACCCAGAACCCAAGUUGUACAAUCAUGACUUUCUACCCCACCGAAGAAGAGUUUAAUGACUUUGAUAAAUAUAUUGCCUAUAUGGAAUCUCAAGGUGCACACCAAGCAGGUGUGGUCAAGAUAAUCCCCCCCAAGGAGUGGGAAGCCAGGAAGACCUACGAUGGCAUCAGUAACAUCCUAGUCCCCACUCCCCUCCAGCAGGUGGUCUCGGGCAGGGCUGGUGUGUUCACUCAAUACCACAAGAAGAAGAAGGUCAUGAUGGUCGGGGAGUAUUGCCACCUGGCCAACAGUGCUAAAUAUCAGGCACCACCACACUCGGAUUUUGACGAUUUGGAGCGAAAAUACUGGAAAACCCGGCUCUAUGGUUCACCGAUCUAUGGCGCUGAUGUCAACGGCUCCUUAUUUGAUGAAAACACUAAACAGUGGAACCUCAGACACCUGGGAACCAUUCAGGACCUGCUGGAGCAGGAGAGUGGGGUGGUCAUUGAAGGCAUCAACACGCCCUACCUGUACUUCGGCAUGUGGAAGACCAUGUUCGCAUGGCACACGGAGGACAUGGACUUGUACAGCAUCAACUACAUGCACUUCGGGGAGCCCAAAACGUGGUAUGCGGUGCCCCCGGAGCACGGCCAGCGCCUGGAACACCUGGCCGAGGAGCUCUUCCCGGCCAGCGCUUCCGGCUGUGGGGCCUUCCUGCGGCACAAGUUUGCCCUCAUGUCGCCCACUGUCCUCAGGGACAACGGAAUCCCCUUCAGUCGGGUCACGCAGGAGGCUGGCGAGUUCAUACUGACAUUUCCCUACGGCUACCACGCUGGCUUCAACCAUGGCUUCACCUGCGCGGAGGCCAUCAACUUCGCCACGCCGCGCUGGAUCGAUUAUGGCAAAGCGGCCUCUCAGUGCAGCUGCGGGGAGGCCAGGGUCAGCUUUCCAAUGGAUGUCUUCGUGAGCACCCUGCAGCCCGAGCGCCAUGAGCUCUGGAAGCGCGGGCAGGAACAGGUGGCCGUGAAUGACGCGGCGCCCGCUGCGGCGGACAGCCAGGAGCCGGAUGCCUGGGAGUUGUGGGUGAUGAGAAGAGCCGCGCUGGGCCUCGUGGCCGCGGGGCGAGGGGGCCGCCGCCACGCCCCUAGGCUCCCCGCCUCUCCGCGCCGCUUGCGGGCCGCUGCUCCUCCCUCUGCGGCUCAGGACGAGGACACCGCUUGUAGGUCCCCGGAGCGCGGCUCAACCCUGCUGACAACCCCAGGUCCAUCCGACCUGGGUCUCCACCCAACUGGCAGGCGUGGUCCUGGCCGUCGUCCUCGGGAGCAGGGGACUCAGGAGCUGACUGACCAGGCCCUGGCCAAGAAGCUCCUCUUGCUGAGCGCAGCAUGCGCAGCUCAGGAUCCUGAUGCUCAGGCCCUGUCUUCCGACGGACCCUCACUGGACAACGCUGCACCGCCGAGCCCUGCGUCCCCGCAUUCUGCUCAGGCUUCCGGGUGCUGCUGUGUCCCUGCACCCUAAGCCCAGGGGACAUUUUGGUAGCCUGCUACUCUUAU